AAAAAAGAGUCGCAAAAGUUAAAGUUAAAAUUAAAAGAGAUCAUCGAGAGCAACAACAACCACAGCAACAGCUACUGUUAAGUUAAAAGCCAGGCUUAACUGUUAAAGCUCCGCAGGCAGAGCAUGGAUUACGCCUUCAACAUAGCACUAGCAGCAGCCGCAGCUACAGCCGCCGCGCUUCAGCCAACGCUAACAAUUGGAGCACAUUAAAUGAACGCCAUUUGGCUACAAAAAUGCCGCCGCUGCAAGGACGUCGACAGUUGAUCACCCGUCUUGCCCGCGUCCACAGAGUCAAUGUGAAUAUUGGCAGCUAUAUUAAUCGCAACGUGACAAAUACAAAAAUAACAACAAGAACUACAACGCAUAAAAUACGAACUAGAGAUCGACUCAGAUUCAGAAGCAGCACUGAGCAGAGGCAGCGCAGCCGAGACGUGGGCCAACUCCAAUUCCAUCUGCGCGGAGCAGGACUCGCAGCCGUAGACGUUGUCACAGCAGUCGCUGCCUCGCUUACUGUUAACUCGUUCUUAGAGGGAAUGACGCAGGCAUUUCUUUUGCAGCGUUGGACUUUCGUUUUAUAAGGAAUUAUGACACUGAGCCGUGGCCCGUACAGCGAGCUCGAUAAAAUGAGCCUUUUUCAAGACCUCAAACUCAAGCGACGCAAAAUCG